AGAUAGUGUUGUUGCUGCUUCUGGGCUCACGGAGGACGAGAGGAAUCUACAAGCCGACAAGAUGCGAUCCAAGGCUAGGGCAAGAAAACUGUCCAAAAAUGACAUUGAGCCAGUUGACAGCGUGCGCGAGACAGAGACCCACCUCCUGGCGGGAGGGUUUGAUAGUGGGGAGGAGGAGACCGAGGACAGCAUCAUGUCUCCCAUCUCCAUAGGACCCCUGUCCUCGCACCCCAACAACCACCAUCCCAGCCACCAUCAUCACCACGAGAUCCCCUUCACGCCCAAGGAAGGCUCGCCCUACGAGGUGCCCGUCUACAUUCCCGGCCCCAGCGACCUGGAGCUGCGUGAGUCCUCGGUUCCCGGAGCGGGCCUGGGGAUAUGGGCCAAAACCCGGAUCGGGAUGGGAGAACACUUUGGACCUCACAGCGCACUGCAGAGCGCCACGGUCAAAGACAGCUCCUUCGGAUGGGAGCAGAUGCUGAAUGACCACGAGGUGACGUCCUCUCCGGAGAGCUGCUUCAAAAAGGUGGUGGAUGAGAUGGGCAACGUCAAGUUCUGUCUGGACGAAGGCUCAGAUCCCGGUGGGAGCUGGCUCAAGUAUGUACGCACUGCCAUCUCCAAUGAGGAGCAGAACAUGGAGGCGUGUCACCUCAGCGGAGACCAGAUUGAUUAUAAAGCUAUUAGGGAUAUUGAAGUGGGGGAAGAGCUAUUGGUGUAUAUGAAGGAAGGAAUUUUCCCCGAGGGAUCGAUGGCACUAAACCUAGAAGACAAACAGAUGUACCGCUGUGAGGACUGUGACGAGCUGUUCACCUCGGCCCUGGAGCUGCAGCGGCACCAGAAGUGCUUUUGUUCCAGCGCCGGGUCCGUGUUCGAUACUCUCAGCAACGAGGACUUCAAGCAGGGCUGUGACGACAGCGACCACGAGUCUGUCCACGAGUGCAAGGACUGCGAGAAGAUCUUCCCCGACGAGUACAGUCUGGGCCAACACCUGAUUGUGCACACAGAGGAGCGAGAGUACAAGUGUUACCAGUGUCCCAAGGCCUUCAACUGGAAGUCCAACCUCAUCCGCCACCAGAUGUCCCACGACAGCGGCAAGCAGUUCGAGUGUCAAAACUGCGAUAAGGUACAGCACACCCGGCAUGUGUUCACGGACCCCAGCAACCUGCAGCGCCACAUCCGCUCGCAGCACAUAGGGGCGCGCACUCACACCUGCCCCGAAUGUGGCAAGACCUUCGCCACCUCCUCGGGCCUCAAGCAGCACAAGCACAUUCACAGUAGUGUCAAGCCCUUCAUCUGCCCAUGUGGGCUGUGUGUCUCCCCAGGCGAGGUGUGCCACAAGUCCUACACGCAGUUCUCCAACCUGUGCCGCCACAAGCGCAUGCACGCCGACUGCCGCACCCAGAUCAAGUGCAAAGACUGUGGCCAGAUGUUCAGCACUACUUCCUCCCUCAACAAGCACCAGCGUUUUUGUGAGGGCAAGAACCAUUAUGGCCCUGCUGGGGGCCUCUUUGCUCCCGGCAUCCCUAUGAGCAGCCCCAUCCUGGCCAAGUCCAGGUCCCAUCCCCACCACCACCAACCGGGACUCAACCACUCAGGUCUGGCCUUCCCUGACUACUUCCCCUCCCGGCCCCAUCUUCACGCCAGCCUAUCCUUCUCCCCCAGGCCGCUUGGCUUCCCCUCGCUCUCCCAUGGCUUCCCGGAUCUCUUCGUCCCCUCGCUCUACCCCCGACCGCCCUUACUGCCCCCCAGCCCCUUUCUGAAGAGCCCCCUGGGCAAGAACAGUAACAACGGUGGGAGCCAGGAGGGCAAGCUGCCUCACAGCCCCCUGAACGGGACUCCAUUGUCUCUGAUCAGCUCCAUCAACAACAACAACGGAGGAAAUAGUCUCCUCAGCAGUCAGGAGAGGGAGGACAAAGAGAGGCUGGAGCUGGCGUACAGAGAAGUCAAGGCCAAAGCCAAGAUGUCGGAGGUGUCGGACGGCAGCGACCUGGAGGAAGUCAACGCCACCAGCGGCACCGAUCUAGACACCACCACCGGCACCGUCUCGUGUUCAGAGUUAGACAGCGACGCUGAGAGUGAGCUGGAACAACGGGAGCGGGUCAGCGGCACAAAGAGAAGGAAGGAGGCAGGCGUUGGAGGGGUGGUGGGGACAGAUAGGAUCGGUCAGGAUGGGCGGCCGGACAACGUGAGCAGCGGCUCAGUGUCGGCGGUGUCCAGCUCGUUCAACCUGGCUUGCGAGCAGCCCCCCUUCCUCUCGGUCGCCUCCCAGCACUCCUUUCCGCAUCUGGACGAGCAGGCACUGCCCCCCACAGGGGCCACCGCUGCCACCGACUCCAUCAAGGCCAUCGCUUCCAUCGCCGAGAAGUACUUUGGCCCUGCGCUCAUGGGCCUGCAAGAGAAGAAUAUGGGCUCGAUGCCCUGCCAUUCGAUGUUCCCUUUCCAGUUCCUACCCAACUUCCCUCACUCCCUCUACCCCUUCACCGAGCGGGCCGGUGCCCUCAAACCCGGCAUGUUCUUCAAGGCUGAGCCCAAGUCGCCUCGUGUGCAACAUCCGCCACCCCACAAAAUGGCUGCCCCUCGCACUGAAGAGCCAUCGCCCUUUGACCUCACCACUAAGCCAAAGAAGACCAAACCAAAACUUCCGGCCCCCGCCAAGUCGACCCCACCCAGCGGUAGCAGCAACACCCCCCUCCUUCUCCCGGGGGAUGAGGAGCAGCCACUCGACCUCAGCAUCAGCAGCCACAGACGGGAUGUGCACAACGGGGUGGUGGCCCCUGAGCAGCCGUCCAGCCGCAAGAACCAAUGCAAGGAGGAGCACCCCGGGAGCCAUCCUCACCAACACAAACUGCACCCCCAGGGCCACCCCCUCCACCAGCCCCUGCUGUCACAGCACCAGCAGCCCCUGGCCCAGCCGCCCCAGCAGCAGCCCUCCCUGCAUUACACCAAGCCCUCGGCCUUCUUCAUGGACCCAAUAUACAGCAGGGUGGAAAAGAGGAAGUUACUGGACCCUGUAGGAGCUUUGAAGGAGAAGUUCCUGAGGGCAAAUUCGCUUCUCUUCCAUCCACAGCUACAGUAUCUUUACCAUGGUACACCUUCUUUACCUCAGAUGUCAGCCAUGGAGAGCAUGACGGAGAAGUUGGAGACCUUUGGCGCUCUCAAACUGGAUGCUUCGCCCAACUUGCUGCAGCACUCGGCCCACCCACUCUUCAACUUCCGCUCGCCGCCCUCCCUCUCUGAUGCCAUCCUCCGCAAAGGCAAGGAGCGUUACACCUGCAGGUACUGUGGGAAGAUCUUCCCCAGGUCAGCUAAUCUUACCAGGCAUUUACGGACACACACAGGGGAGCAGCCCUACAGGUGUAAAUACUGUGACCGCUCGUUCAGCAUCUCCUCCAACCUCCAGCGGCAUGUACGCAACAUCCACAACAAGGAGAAGCCCUUCAAGUGUCACCUGUGCAGCCGCUGUUUCGGCCAGCAGACCAACUUGGACCGCCACCUAAAGAAGCAUGAGCACGAGAACCUGCCCGUGAGUCAACACUCUGGGAUCCUCUCCAACCUAAGAAACAACAUUUCCUCUCCCAACUCCGAGCCAGAUCACCAUGCACUUUUAGAUGAGAAAGAGGACUCUUACUUCUCGGAAAUCCACAACUUCAUUUCCAACAGCGAGAUGAACCAGGCAUCCAGCUCCACAGACAAGAGGUCAGAAGUUACGGAGGAGCAGCGUCUGUCGAGCCACGGCCUGUCCAGCUCCCGGGGGCUAGAGGAGGAGGAGGCGGAGGGAGAUGAUGAAGAGGAGGACAAAGGCAGCCUGAAGGAGGAGGAGCGUCCGUCGAGCCACGGCCUGUCCAGCUCCCGGGGGCUAGAGGAGGAGGAGGCGGAGGGAGACAAUGAAGAGGAGGAAGAAGGCAGCCUGGCGGAGAAAUUUCAGGACGAAGCGCCCAAAUCCCCCUCCCCGAUCACCAUGGUCACACCGGGGGCGUACGAAGACGAAGAGGGGGAGGGGAAGGGAUCGGAGGAAGCCACACCGUUGGCUAUAAGCUACAAACACACCCGCAGGCUUAUGCAAUGAUGCUUUCUCUGUCGGAGAACAACCCUUUGCACGCAUCCUCCCAGAACUCACUGGAUGCCUGGCUGAGCAUGGGAGGGUCCGUCCGGGACGAGCAGUUUUUACCCACUCAGACACAUCUAAGAGAGUUAGGAGGAGGGAUGAAGCCUACUGCGGAGGAGAACUCAACAUCACAUAGUCCUGGCCUGAGAAGAGAGAGGAUUUGUGACUCCUGCCCUUCUGUGUGUGUGUGUGUGUGUGUGUGUGUGUGUGUGUGUGUGUGUGUGUGUGUGUGUGUGUGUGUGUGUGUGUGUGUGUGUGUGUGUGUGUGUGUGUGUGUGUGUGUGUGUGUGUGUGUGUGUGUGUGUGUGUGUACGAGGGGCCUCUCAGAUAGACACUCACAGGCAGAGAUCAAAGUAGCACUGCUCCGCCCGUGUAGAGGGGUGAAGGACAUCCUAGGAAGGACCACCCCACUCCAUUCCAGCGAAGCCCUCUAGUUGAACUCUCAGAGACAGUCACGCUUCAGUAUGCCACUGCAUUACUAGGGGAGCAAAACGUCUAUUCUACAACAGCAAAUUCUCAAUAGAUUCAUAUACACUGACAGUAGGUCUGGAAUAUGUGCAUUGCAUGUCCAUAGGGGGGCGCUCUUCUCACUCGGUGGGACGAGCAAAAGUAUCAACACAUAAUGGGGGAGUACUAGCUCGUUCACCCAAAGAACCCCCCAUUCUCUUCAUCUUAUCAAAUGACUUCACACUCUCCAUUCCUGUUUGAAAUCAGUAAUACCACAAUGCUGAGUGUUACAGCAGGAAACGGCACUCUGGUUUAUAAAGAAAGUUACAGGACGAUGAUAUCAUGGAGGUUGACCCACCCCCAACAUAUAAUGUGCAUUACAGAGGACAUAGUAUCGCCUUCAACAGUUAUCUGGUGAGCAAGAGAUUUUAAAUUGACAACCAUUGGUUAGAGUAGCGGAUAACGUAUUUUCCCCUCUUUUGCUCAUUUGUUACCUUGAUUCCAUUUUGUGUUUUGCUUUUUGAUAAACAGUAUUGUCGUUCAUGGCAAGAGUGGUAUGUGCCAAAUAACCCGUAGAAAAGGUUUUGUUCUCUGACAAGCAUUUCUUUUUCCAGGGGUUUUCAUAGCUGUCAAAGAUGACGUGAUUACCUUCUUCUAUAUUUCAUUUGAAGACUGGGUGGAUUCUAUUUAUUUGGGUAAACGUUUUGGGGUCACGAUUGGAGACAAGUGACAACUGAAAAAUGUUUUUUUCUCUCUCUCUCUCUUACUUGUUGCUGAAGGAAUGAAAGUGAAUCGAAACGCAAGUGAGAUUGUGAGUCUCGGUUUCAAUGCUUUUUUGUGUAAAGACCAGUGUGCCAAAUUGGAAAGAAACCAUGAAAUCAGAUGCUAUUAUUUAUAGUGACAUGGUAGUCCUAGAUCAGUGGUUCCCAUCCAGGGGUACUAGAACCCCUGUGGGGUACUUGGUCUAUCCACAGGGGGUACUUGAGGAGACUAUGGGCCUACUGGUAAAAUGCACAUGAAGGGGUACUUCAGGGGUACUACGGGCAGAGCAAAAUUCAGUUGGCGGUACAAUAACUGGAAAAGGUUGGGAACCACUGAUUUAGAUCAUGUUUGCAAUGUUGUGUCUAUCGUGUGGUUUGAUGAUUCUCGCUUCAGUUGAACCAAUGCAACCAGUAUGCUGAGUGUUUUGUGUUCAAGGUGGUUGAAUUCUUACUUUGGCUAUUUUGGAAAUUGCAGCCUUUACCAUGAUUGUCAGGUGAUUUGGAUGCCAGGGCAUUGUAUUGUUAGCUUGUAAUUUAUCCUACGUUUGAGCAAAUCAGUUUUACUUUACAAUAAAUCCCAUCAACAUGUUAACUUAACCAGUUUAUCAGUGCUCCGAUUCUGCGUGAAUGGUUUCCAUUUUGUAGGAAUUCUUAUUUUUAAAUGUGACCAUGUGGUUGUAGAAAAGAACAUCUCAGAAUGCCCCGUCAUAGAUAAAAUAGACGUUCUUUGUCAGAUAGCGUCCAACUACAGUGUGCCAUGCCAUCAUAUUUCCACUCUUUAGUUGAAGGGUCUGUGCUAUCCGGGAUCCUUGGGACCCCAUUGAAAUUGAAAUGUAAAAUGGCUAAGGUAAGGGUUAAAGUAGAAGUUAGGGAUCCCAUAUAGCACUGACUUUUUUUUUUUUUUAACCUUUAUUUAACCAGGCAAGUCAGUUAAGAACAAAUUCUUAUUUUCAAUGCUGGCCUAGGAACAGUGGGUUAACUGCCUGUUCAGGGGCAGCACAACAGAUUUGUACCUUGUCAGCUCGGGGGUUUGAACUUGCAACCUUCCGGUUACUAGUCCAACGCUCUAAACUGACUGGCCUCACUUAAAAUAAUGAUGACCUUGGGGGAAAAAAUCUACAUCUAAUUGAAGCACUGUAGUCAUUUGUUUUGUCAGCAGGUGGCAGGGUGAUACUAGUUUUGCUGCAUAAAUCCUCUUAAGGAUCCGCCCCUUUUUAAAAAUGUUUUCCUAAAAUAACAUACCCAAAUCUAACUGCCUGUAGCUCAGGACCUGAAGCAAGGAUAUGCAUAUUCUUGGUACUAUUUGAAAGGAAACACUUUGAAGUUUGUGGAAAUGUACAACUGUAAUAAGUGUGCGCUGUUAUGGAUCCACAUUGAAGUCAAAGAUCACAUUGUUGUCUCUCAAAUACAUAGUUACAUUUGUUGCUUAGCUAGCUAGCAAUUUUUUUUGCCAUAUUAACAUAGAAGUGUCAUCAAUCAAAACACCUCAAAACAAAGACAUGGUAUCAAGAACAAGGUAAAACUAGCUGAAACGAGUUACCCACGAUUCACAUGUCAGCUUCUUGUCAUUGUUGCUAGCUAGCUAUGUGGCCAUCCAGAAUCACAACACACAGACGUCUGCCCCAUUGAAGCUCGCUCAUCGUUUUACAUUAUGUUUUCAGCUAACCAGGGUAUAGUAUUUUCACAAACAAUGUUGCAUUAUGUCCAAAACAUUCAAUGAAAAGAAAUGGGUUAAAUGGAUGGUGCUCGUUUCAUUUGAAUCUGAGUUGUAUCACCUCUGUUAUGUUUAUAAAAAAUAUAUAUUGUGCAUGAUGUGUUGAGCAGUCAUAAUGAUGUCCAUUUGUGAAAUGUACAUCUUAAAUUUUAAAAUUAAAUGAAUCUGUAGAUGCACUUAUUGUACGUGGUUGAGUUAGUAGAUUUGACUUCAAACCAAUACAAUACAAAUGUAUUGGGCAGGUGGUUCUUAAAUGACUAAAAAAAUGAAAGGAUUGUAGAAUAACAUGGAUCAAUUCUGAAAUUGCAGUUUUUUUAAUGCUUGUGAUUAUUGAAGAAAUGUAAUUGAAAUGACAUGAUUCCGAUGAUGGAAAUGUAUACCAAAUGUAAUCUUUCCAAUGUUAUGAAGAAUUUAUACAUGAAAUUGACAUGCAAUAAAACCUGUGUGCUUUUUAUAUGAAAUGUCCCUUGCAUUUGUCAUGUAGCCUUCAAUGAACCUUAAAUAACCCAAUU